AAAGCCACUACAUGAUUUGUGUGGUGUCAGAGACCUGUCAUGCAAUAGUUGGUUAUCGACGUAGUUAAGACAGAAACGUGGAAUUGUACGGUAGUGAUAGUAUUUUGGCCACAUAAGGCAGACGAAGUUCACAUUGGGGAAACGAGUUUCACAGCGAACUUUUGGAGUGUAUGAAUCAAAACAAUCAAAUUAAAAGACCGCUUGACGAGCGGACAGAGUUAUCAUUAAACAGCAAAAUCACGGACUCUGUUGACGUGAAGACCAACGUCGAGAUUACACAAGAUAGUCCUGCAAACAUCACAAAUCCAGGGCAGCCUACUGCAGACCAGCUGGCAAAGGCCGAAGAACAUCUGGCUUCCAUUGAUGAGCAUUGGAAACGUGUUGUUGAGGCUAUCGGCCAUACGAGUUUUCGGGUAGAAAAAGUGAGACAGCCUUAUGAGGCACUCAUCCGUGCUGUAGCAUAUCAACAAUUGACGACAAAGGCGGGAAAGGCCAUUAUUAAUCGUUUGGUGGCCAAGGCAAGUGCAACAGGCGGAUUUCCUACGCCAGAAGAAAUACUGGCACUCGAACAGGAGCAGUUAAAGUCAUGUGGGUUUUCCCGUAGAAAAACGGAUACCAUCCGCGAAAUUGCUCGAGGGGUGGAAACCGGACUUAUACCGUCGUUGGAUGCAGCACAUGAAAUGGUGAACGAAGAGUUAAUUGAAAGACUCUCUCAGAUUCACGGAAUCGGUCGGUGGACAGCGGAGAUGCUCUUAAUUUUUGGAAUGGGAAGAUUAGACGUUCUUCCUGCUGGUGACCUGAAAAUCCGAGACGGAUUUCGGUAUUUGUACGCUAUGGACAAGUUACCAAGUCUCCGGGAAACAAAUGAAUUGGGAUGUGCCUGUGCGCCCUACAGGAGCAUCGCAACUUGGUAUUUGUACCGGGUAACCAGUCUUCCAGAUUAUAUCCGACUCCGCAAACGAUCGCGAUCCAGUUGAGAUUCUGUGCUGUUAUGGGACGGACGGCUGGAGUGGUAAUUUUGUUGUUUGCCGAUGCUGUUUUCCUUGUAUUGUUGUUUCUCGGUCAUGAACAUUGUUUGUGGCAUUGAUGUUUUUUUCAAUAACUGGGUUUGUUUUCUUCUUUUUCCGAGAAAAAAAUGACCUAAAUCGAGACUUUUUCUUCGCUGGUUCUGGCGGGGUUUCUUUUUUCGUUUUAGAUUUAAGUGCUAUUAGUUUGUAUACGACAUAUUUCAGUCCGAAGAACUGCUUAAAAAAGUAGAAUUUUAUAAUAAACCAUGCAGCUUCACUGCGUUUCAUUAGCAAAUUGUUGAUAACAAACAAGAGUUUCAGAAACGCUCGCUUGUUGCGAUACGCCGGAAUAAUAAAUCCAUGCUUAAAAAUAGGCGCCCAG